CAGCACGCAAGUGAUAAGAAAUCAAAUUUUACGUGAUACAAAGUAGGUAGUUUCGUUAUUUCAAAAUAGCGAAAAUGUUAUUUCCUAUUGCAGUAAAUUUCGCGUUAAUUCUUCUAACAUCCAGUGCCGCUCGAGAGAUUAGCGAUGCCGAUUGCACGAUAACCAGCUACUCUCAAGUGCAACCCGUGGUUGCAAAAUGCAAAAAUAUCGUAAUUUCGAACCUAGAAGUACCAGCUGGCGAGCAACUGGUGCUAGACCUGCAAGAUGAUACGGACCUAACCUUCGAAGGCGUCACGACGUUCGGCGUCGCUCACUGGCCCGGCCAUCUGGUGGUGGUUAAAGGCCACCACGUCCACGUCACAGGAGCACCAGGCAGCAUGCUUGACGCCCAAGGCGAGAAAUAUUGGGAUUACCAAGGAGGAGCUGGCGGCGUGACCAAACCUAAAUUCCUCCUCAUACAAACCACCGGAGGCUCCGUCUUCAGGAACCUGUACUUGCACAAUUGCGCCCAUUUCUGCGUCGGCGUCGGCGCCACCGACCUCACCAUCACCGGCUUUAUCCUCGAUUCGGUCGCAGGAGAUAAAGACAGGAUCGCUUUGAACACCGACGGUUUCGGUAUAUCGUCUCAUUCCAACAACAUCUUGAUAGAAAACACCGUCAUCAUGAACCAAGACGAUUGCAUCGUGGUCAAUCAGGGCACUAACAUGGUGUUCAGGAAUUUGCGCUGCUUCGGGUCCCACGGGCUGAGCUUCGCCGUCGGUUUCGGGGGGAAGGACAAGCCCGAAGAAGACAGCGUCGCCUCCAACAUCACCUUCGAAAACUGCCUGGUCGCCAACGGGCUCUACGGGAUCCACGUCAAAGCCGGUCCUGACUUCAACAAAGGACGCAUCGAGAACGUGGUUUACAGGAACAUACAAUUAGCAGGCAUCACUGAGGAUGGUAUUUACAUUCAGGAAGAUUACGGUGAUAUUGGAAAUAGCGACAGCCUUGUUAAAAUCAGGAAUUUGACGAUUGAGAACGUGUGGGGGUCUGUACAGGGUGAUCUGACGAGGCCGGUGCACGUGGCUUGCGGUAAAGGUACUUGCAGCGAUUGGACUUUUAGCGGAAUCAAUAUCUUAGGUGGAGGCAAGAGCUAUUGUAAUUACAAACCUGAAGGAUUUUCCUGUUAAAAAAUGCUUUUUGAAUAAAUACUUAUGAAUCG